AUGACUCAGUGUGAGCUCGCUGCUUUAAAAGCUUCCCAGCUGCUGAUGCUGAUGCGGCGGCGGCGGCCGUGCGGGGGCGGUGCCAGCCGCGACAGAAAGUGCCCGGAUGGGUUUGAAUGUCUGAAGGCAGGAAGGAACCCGAACUACGGCUACACCAGCUUCGACACCUUCGGUUGGGCUUUUCUGUCUUUGUUCCGCCUGAUGACGCAGGACUACUGGGAAAACCUCUACCACCAGACGCUGCGUUCGGCCGGUAAGACCUACAUGGUGUUUUUCGUGGUGGUGAUCUUCCUGGGCUCCUUCUACCUGGUCAACCUCAUCCUGGCCGUUGUCGCCAUGGCGUACGAGGAGCAGAACCAGGCCACCAUCGCGGAGGCGAGCCAGAAAGAGCGAGAGUUCCACCAGGCGAUGGAGAGACUGAAGAGAGAGCAACAGGUUGCCGCCCAUAAGGUUCUUGACUCGGACUCGAUGUCACCAGACCUGUCGCCCUUUGGCCCGCCCCUGGACAGCCUGGAGGAGCGGAGGCGGAGUCAAGCAUUGGUGGGAGUGGCUGACGUGGAGUCCAACCUAUCAGAGGAAAAGCUGCUGCAGGUGGACAUGACGGACGGGGGAAAGCCGCUCCACCCCCUCCUGGCCCGCUCCUUCUCCUCGAGGACUCGGCGGAGCAGUCAGGUCUCCUCCAUCUUCAAUUUCCGUCUGAGGAGCCGGGGGUCGGACGGAGAGAUGGCAGACGACGAGUACAGCGUCCCGGGUGAUGUGGUGGAGGGGGUCGGCGGCCGGACGUACAGCGGUGGAACCUUCAGCGGCAUCCUGCCUCACCCGUGGCCCAAACGACGGCCGAGCACCUACAGCACGAACAGCAGGAGCUCACAG